AUGAGCUCUCUCCGUCCAGAUCCGACCUCCAAAAUCCACCCAGAGCCUGAAACAACUACUAGUUGUUUCUCUUCUUCUUCUUCUCUUCCAAUCGAUCAUUUCGACCUCCUUCCUGACUCUCUUCUCUUGCUCGUUUUCAACAAAAUCGGCGAUGUCAAAGCUCUUGGUCGCUGCUGUGUUGUUUCUCGCCGCUUUCACUCUCUCGUCCCUCAAGUUGACAACGUUGUUGUCCGUGUAGAUUGUGUCAUCUCCGAUGACGACACAUCCUCGUCUUCCUCUUCCACGAAGUCACACUCUUCAUCAUCUUCUUCAUCUGGCUUCUCCUCCAUCUUUCGAUUAGUCUUCGGUGGCAUUGUCAAACCCUUCCAAGCUCUGGGUCAGAUGCUUGGACCCAAGGUUAAUUCGCGAAAUGGAAAUGGUUCUUCGCUCUCUAUGGCCACCGACGAUGAUAUGGAACUGGAUCAAGCUGGUGUCACCCAUCAUUCUCCAACUCAGGUUCUUAAAAAUUUUAAUGAGAUUCGCUUUCUACGGAUCGAAUUACCCAGUGGGGAAUUGGGGAUUGAUGAUGGGGUUCUUUUAAAAUGGAGGGCUGAUUUCGGAUCCACCCUUGAUAAUUGUGUUAUUCUCGGUGCUGCUUCUGUCAUUACCAAUAAUAAGAUUUCUAGUGUUAUGCAACAAGAAAACGAUGCUGCUGCUGCUGUGUUCAACAAUACUAAUAACCCUGGUGAUGAUAAUGGAAGCAUACCGGAGUCCUUUUACACCAAUGGGGGAUUGAAGUUGAGAGUGGUGUGGACUAUUAGCUCUUUAAUUGCUGCAUCUGCCAGGCAUUAUUUGCUUCAACCAAUUAUUGCUGAGCAUAAGACUCUUGAUAGCUUGGUCUUGACUGAUGCUGAUGGGCAGGGAGUCUUGUGUAUGAACAGGGAGCAGUUGGAGGAGUUGAGGGUGAAGCCAUUAUCAGCUUCUUCUGCCUCUAAGAGGACUCUUGUCCCUGCACUGAAUAUGCGCCUUUGGUAUGCUCCUCAGCUGGAACUGCCUGAUGGAGUUGUGUUGAAAGGGGCAACUUUGGUUGCCAUUAGGCCUAGUGAACAGGCUGCUACUAAGAAGGAUGUGUCUGAUGUCUCUUGGGUCUCCACCGCAUUUGAGGAGCCUUAUGGGAAAACACUGGUUUACGGGAAAGGGGAUGUGCAUGUUCUUCGGAUGUCUCAUGAAGCUGAAUCUUUCUGGACUGCCACUGGGAUCCCAUCCUCCCUAGAUGAUGCCCUGCAGUCUUUUCAGCCUCCUGUGCAUGAACCGACAGCUAAAAUGCAUCUGCUGCUUGUUUUAAUUUCAGGCAUAUGCUUGGAUGAAUAUGUUGUGCUUAUGCUACACUUCUGUCAUGCAUUAAGCAGUGUAUUUUGGGUUAACCUUAACCUUAAAAUGUUCUCCUUUGCAGCUGAGUAA